ACGCAGAGAGGGGUGGGUACUUGGAGAAUGUGGGUUAGUUCGGAUGUAGGCCGCUAUAAACGGACGCAACACAAGCCGGACGCUCAGUACCUCUUCUAGCACGGUCCCGUUCACGACACUAGCCGGUAUGUAUCAGUCAUGCAUAAACAUAAACAAACAUUACACUAAGCACGCAGCGUUCUCGACAAUAGUGAAACAUUGGGAGGCGAAUCACUUCGAUAAAUCGACAAAUUAUAGCAAAUCGACGUACAAAGGUCGCCCGCCGGUGUCGCAGGUGUCAACGACGGUCGCGGUCGCCGGCGGUCGUUCUACUUGGGUCGCAGCCGACAGUCGCGACCCGCGUCCGGUCGCACAGUAGAGCGACCUCCCGCCCGCUACAAGUUGCUGCCGCCUGCUCGAUCCCGGUUUGGCAAUCAGCAAUUUAUCAAGCGCGUCAAAAAGUUCAGUGUGUAGGGCGAAUGGACUGUUUUACAGUGAUCGAAUCUGUGAAGCGACUGAGUAGAUUGGCAUGCUGAGGAUAUUGACGCUGCUAGUACUGGGCGUCGCCGCAGUGGCGGCCCAGAGGCGUCUCGCGUUACCAGACCCAAGGAGUUGUGCCAACAGAGUUCGACACGCGACGUACAGAGACGCACGAGGCGUGGCUCACUCGUACUUCUUCAGCUGGGAGCACAGCCCCACGCGCAGCCUGGAGGUCGACUGGCUUGACUCGAGGAACAUCUGCAGACGCCACUGCAUGGACGCCGUCAGUCUCGAGACACCGCAGGAGAACGAGUUCGUCAAGCAGAGGAUAAGCAGAGGAAACGUGAGAUACAUCUGGACAUCGGGCCGCAAGUGCAACUUCAACGGGUGCGACCGACCUGACCUGCAGCCACCCAACGUGAACGGCUGGUUCUGGUCGGGCUCAGGUGCCAAGAUCGGCCCCACCACCCAGCGCAACACAGGCGACUGGAGCAGCACCGGCGGCUACGGCCAGGCGCAACCCGACAAUCGCGAGGCUCCUCAGGGUAACGACGAGUCGUGCUUGGCCAUUCUGAACAACUUCUACCAGGACGGAGUGAAGUGGCACGACGUGGCCUGCCAUCACCUCAAGCCAUUCGUCUGCGAGGACAGCGAUGAGCUGCUCAACUUUGUUCGCUCCAGGAAUCCAGGCAUCAGGCUCUAAACACCCUACCCCCACCCUUUCACAGUCGGGCACCAGCUUCUAUUCCUCCUUCCCCCUCCCAUCCAUCACUCAUUGGAUCAAACUCCAUCGAGGCAGUUGAAAUAUCAGAGCAAGACUCGUCAAAACAACACCGACGAACUAAUUCUGCAUAUUUUCAUGAUAGCGAAGCCUACCAAAGUUAAACUUAAACCAUCUUCAUGAAAGAUGGAAAAAAAAUUCUCCUCCCUCCCUUUCCUUCCCUCCUAAAUUGAGCGACUCUCAUGUUUCUUUCUUAUUUUGUUAUCGAUUAAAUUAUUUUAUUAAUUUUAUGAACUUUAGAUAUAGUUUUGUAUACUUGUAAGGAAACUACCCGACUGAAUGUAUUAUGAGAAUCACCCACCCUAACAAACGCUGUGUGUAUAUCUUUUGUUUGAUGAAAAUCAAAUUAAGUAGUUCAUCUUGAUAGAUUGAUUACUACUGUACCAUACUCUAAAUAGCAGAAAACAAUAGUUAUUUAUUACCAAAUUCUACUCACAAAAAUAAAAACUGAAGCAUAGAUAUUGUUCAUUGCAGCGAUCAUCAAAAGAAUUGUGAUUCUGCAAUUCCGUAACAGUAUUUUUUGUAUUAUACUUGUAAUAAAUUACUUCAAAAAAGUG